CAAAGGUCGCCCCCUGGAUCUUCAUUGCUGCCUGUUAAUGACUUCUGCGGGUACGCGCACAGGGACUGGUGACAUCUAGCAAACCGAUGGGGGAUUUGCGGCCUCACCCUUCCUUCCUGUUUUCUGCUCUCCCCCACAGCCGGCUACUGAUGGGCUGCGUGAGAGUGAGAGCCCUAGGCCGCAUCUAGUCUCUAGCUGGGCUCCUUUACGGCUGCAGACCGGCUGAGGGUGUACCACAGCCAUGGCUCAGUCCCUGACUUUAGACCUCGAUGUCCCAGAGACCACAGGGGAUGAAGGUAGCCUGGAACCCAGCCCCUAUGAAGAGAGUGAGGUGCAUGACUCCUUCCACCAACUCAUUCAAGAGCAGAGUCUUCGGGUGGCGGAGGAGGGGCUGGAGCUGCUGCCCUUGGCUGCAGGCAGACGUAACCAGACCCUGCCAAGGCCUGACGGUGUCCCGGCCCACAGCUCCGCCACUCUCCGCAUCUUGGCCAGCAUGCCUAGCCGCACCAUUGGUCGCAGCCGUGGGGCCAUCAUCUCCCAAUACUACAACCGCACAGUGAGGCUCCGGCGCAGGAAUAGCCGGCCCCUGCUGGGGAAUGUGAUCCGCUCUGCCAGGCCCAGCCUUCGCCUGUAUGACCUGGAGCUGGACCACACCGUCCUGGAGGAGGAUGAGAAGCGGAGCCUGCUUGUGAAGGAGCUUCAAGGUCUGUCGGUGGCCCAGCGAGACCACGUGGUCCGGAACAUGCCCCUGAGCCUGGUUGAGAAGCGCUGGCUCCGGGAGAAAAGCUGGAGUCCAAAGGAAAAGCGGAGGGGCCAGCGGGGCCAAGGUGGGGCCGUCUCCUGCUGCAGCAGACUCAGAUACACCUGCAUCCUGGCCCUGCACAGCCUGGGACUGGUAUUGUUUUCAGGCCUGUAUGCAGCCAGGCCAUGGCACUAUGCUCUGAAGCAGAUCGGCGGCCAGUUUGGUUCCAGCGUCCUCUCCUACUUCCUCUUCCUCAAGACCUUGUUGGCCUUCAACGUGCUCAUGUUGCUGCCUCUGCUGGCCUUCCUCGUGGGUGUGCAGGCCGCCUUCCCGCCUGACCCUUCAGGCCCAGUCCCUACCUUCUCUGGUCUAGAACUUCUGACAGGCGGGGGCUGUUUCACACACACCGUCAUGUACUACGGCUACUACAGUAACACCACGCUGAGCCAGUCAUGUGCCUCCCCACGGGAAAGUGGACAGUGCAGCCCGAGGUUGGGCAGUCUGCCCUACAGCAUGCCACUGGCCUACCUCUUCACAGUGGGGGCCGCCUUCUUCAUUACCUGCAUCACUCUGGUAUACAGCAUGUCCCACUCCUUUGGGGAGAGCUACCGGGUUGGCAGCACCAGAGGUAUCCAUGCUCUUAUGGUCUUCUGCUCCUGGGACUACAAGGUAACUCAGAAGCGGGCCUCCCGCGUCCAGCAGGACAGCAUCUGCACUCAGCUGAAGGAGCUGCUGGCUGAAUGGCAACUGCGAAAGCGUCCCCGGAGUGCAUGUGAGCGGCUGUGGCAGGUUGUCAUGCUAGGUCUGGGCUGGUUGCUGUGUCUGGGCACCACGAUGGGCUGCGCAGUGGCUGUCCUCACCUUCUCAGAGGUCAUGAUCCAGAGACCUGCUGCUGGUGGCCAGGGGUUGGAGCUGCUGGCCCUGCCCCUGGUGGUCAGUGUCCUUAAUCUGGGGGCCUCCUACCUGUUCCGUGGUCUGGCCACUCUGGAGCGGCAUGACUCCCCCGUGCUGGAGGUGUACAUGGCCAUCUGCAGGAGUCUCAUCCUGAAGAUGGCUGUCCUGGCUGUGCUUUGCUAUCACUGGUUGGGCCGCGAGGUGGCUGCGGUGCAGGCCCGGUGCUGGGAGGACUUUGUGGGCCAGGAACUGUACCGUUUCCUAGUUGUGGAUUUCAUCUUCACGCUCUUGGACUCCCUUUUUGGGGAGCUGCUGUGGAGGCUCAUCUCCGAGAAGAAGCUGAAGAGGAGGCAGAAGCCUGAGUUUGACAUCGCUCGGAAUGUUCUGGACCUGAUUUACGGGCAGACGCUGACCUGGCUGGGUGUCCUGUUCUCGCCACUCCUGCCCGCAGUGCAGAUACUCAGGCUGGCGCUCCUGUUCUAUGUCAAGAAGGCAAGCCUUAUGGCCAACUGCCAGGCACCUCGCCGCCCCUGGCUGGCGUCACACAUGAGCACUGUCUUCCUCACGCUGCUCUGCUUCCCGUCGUUCCUGGGUGCAGCGGUUUUCCUCUGCUAUGCUGUUUGGCAGGUGAAACCGUCAAGCACUUGUGGCCCCUUCAGGACUCUGAACACCAUGUAUGAGGCGGGCACGGUGUGGGUACAUCGCCUGGAGCGUGCCGGCUCCGGGGCCUCCUGGCUGCCCUGGCUGCAUCACUUUCUGGUGGAGAACACUUUCUUCCUGUUUGUGGUGUCAGCCUUACUGCUGGCUGUCAUCUACCUCAACAUCCAGGUUGUGAAAGGGCAACGGAAGGUCAUCUGCCUGCUCAAGGAGCAGAUCCGGAACGAGGGCGAGGACAAGGUCUUCCUCAUCAACAAGCUUCACUCUGUUUACGCGGAGGGGGAGCGGAGCAGGCUUGGCAGAACCCAGGGGGAACCUUGUAUCCCCAGUCAUCAUGACCCUGCAUGUGGAGACCUGGACCUGAGGUCCCCACAGGACACAGCAGUGGAGUGACUUCCCUUUCUACAAACUCCUUGAGACAGGAUCUAUUUACACAGCCUUGGCUGUCCUGAGUUCACUAUGUAGACCAGGCUGGCCUUGGAUUCAUAGCUCUUCUUGCCAAGUGGAAUCACAGGCAUGUGCCACCAGCCCCGACUCUCCAUCCCCCCCCCUUUUUUUUUAAAGUUCUGAUUAAAUGGGUUUUGCAUUAUG